AUGUGGCUAACAUCUCUGAACGUUGUUCAAGAGUAUGAACGUGCCGUCAUUUUACGUUUGGGACGAAUUUUACCAGGUGGUGCGAAAGGUCCAGGAUUAUUUUUUGUUUUACCGUGCAUUGAUACCAUCGUAAAAGUUGACCUGCGUACUGCCACAUUCAAUGUACCUCCGCAAGAAGUGUUAACUCGUGAUUCGGUGACUGUCUCAGUCGAUGCUGUUGUCUAUAGUCGUGUGUUUAAUCCGAUUACUAGCAUAACAAAUGUGAAAAAUAACAUGUACGCCACACAAUUGCUUGCACAAACAUCAUUGAGAAAUAUUCUUGGAACAAAAACAUUACAAGAAAUUUUAAGUGAUCGUGAAAUCAUUGCUCGUUCCAUGCAGGUGUAUCUAGACGAAGGAACAGAUCCGUGGGGAGUCAAGGUUGAACGCGUUGAAAUAAAAGAUGUUCGAUUGCCUGUUUCAAUGCAGCGUUCUAUGGCAGCCGAGGCUGAAGCAUCACGAGAAGCUCGAGCUAAAAUAAUAGCCGCUGAAGGAGAACAAAAAGCUAGUCGUUCACUCAAGGAAGCAGCCGACGUUAUUUCAGAAUCUCCUAUAGCACUUCAAUUACGUUAUUUACAAACAUUGACACACAUAAGUGCCGAAAAAAGCUCAACAAUCAUUUUUCCCAUUCCAGUUGAACUAUUGAAUUUUGUCAAACAACGAUCAAUCUAA